AUGAUGAAGCCUCAACACGACGCUACCUUCUCAAUCACCCAUGAACAAAAUCGAUGGCUGGGGAUCUUUGGAGGCCGAGGGAAAAAUAUUCAUAAUGAUGAAGCCUCAACACGACGCUACCUUCUCAAUCGCAUGAACAAAAUCGAUGGCUGGGGAUCUUUGGAGGCCGAGGGAAAAAUAUUAAUAAUGAUAAAGCCUCAACACGACGCUACCUUCUCACGCAUGAACAAAAUCGAUGGCUGGGGAUCUUUGGAGGCCGAGGGAAAAAUAUUAAUAAUGAUUAAGCCUCAACACGACGCUACCACCUCAAUAUCCCAUAAAAUCAAUGACUGGGGAUCUUUGGAGGCCGAGGGAAAAAUAUUCAUAAUGAUGAAGCCUCAACACGACGCUACCUUCUCAAUCGCAUGA